AUGCUUGAAACAGACAGAUCGCUUGCUAGAGGGUUUGUAGCAGGUGCUCGGCGCGCCGUGUGCCUGGAGGCUUCAGGUUCAGCGUCGCGUUUGUUUGGGCAGCUGUCUGUGAGGCGGAUGGCGGCGGUGGCGUGCGCAGAGUUCCUGGGCUUGGGCCUGGUCGUCUUCCUGGGCUGCAUGUCCGCCGUGGUCACGCCAGAUGGCGAGCCGGAGCUCGUACAGGUCGCGCUCGCGUUCGGCUUUGCCGUCGUCGCUGCAGUGAAGUUCACCCAUCAAGUUUCAGAGGGCCACCUGAACCCAGCCGUGACACUGGGAGCAGCACUGCGUGGUGACAUCACACUACCAGCCGCUGCUGUCUACAUCAUCGCUCAGCUCGCUGGAAGCUCUCUGGCCUAUGGCCUUCUACUGGCUGUGAUGCCCGAGUCUGUAACAUGUGAUUGCACCACAGUGCCCAAGAAAGGCUGUACAGAGGCGCAGGCUUUCGGCAUCGAGGCAAUGGGUGCCACCGGGCUUGUGAUGACUGCACAUGCCAUCUGGGACCGCCGUAACCGGGGCACUGGUGAUGCAGCACCUGUGAAGCUAGGUCUGCUGGUUUCUAGCUAUGCCUUGGCCUCUGGCCAUUACACUGGAGGCAGCAUGAACCCAGCCCGCACUUUUGGUCCUGCCAUCUGGCACAACAUCUGGGAUGGACAUUGGGUGUACUGGGUUGGCCCCAUGACUGGUUCAGUAUUGGCGUCCCUAGUCUACCUGACAGUAUUUGAAGAUCACCGUGCUUCACAACCUGCUCAGCAUAAGAAGGCUGGGAUUGUUGAAGUUUCCACUGUCUGCAGAGAUGGUAUAUGAAACAAGUACCUCCCAGGAGCUGUACGAACACGCAAGAAUGAACCAGUAUAUCUCUGGUACUGUUGCCAAGAAUGUGUGAUACAUGUUACGAUACCCAAAGGACAAGUAUAGCUUGUUUAAGUACCAACAAAAAGUUACAGCAGAAUGGCAAUAAUCACAAGAACACUCAGAAUUACUAUGAUGGGUAUUUCAUAUAAAAUAUAUUCACAACUAUCUCUCAUUAACAGUUCUUGGCAUCUCUUUUUGGAUUUGGUACUCUGAAUAGAAAGUAUAUGUAGGUUCUUUUCUUCAUCAGUGAAACUGCAAGUUUAUUCGUUUGUUGCUAUUUCAUCAAACAUUCAUUAUUUCAAAAUCAAUGAUAAUGUGGCAGCAUAUGGGCUACAUUUAUGUAAGCAACUGAUGUGAAAGUCUUGAGACUCUUGUAAAUAAAUAAAAUAAAAUCAAAUAGCAAGUCAGUCCCAAAAAUACGUAUAAAUUGUUGCACAACAAUCAGAACAAACAGUUUGGAUUAAUAUUUGUAAGCUGCCUGAUAAACCUGUUGUGAAGUAUCUUUCUGGACUGUUCUCAGAGAAAGAUAAUACAAUCACACAAAUUGUAGUUGCUUCCAUCAUUCAGCAUUUAUUCCAAUUUACUGGAUAAGAAAUAUCAUACAGCAUAUUAGAAAUUCACAAUACCUUUCGAAACAGGUAGAACAGGGACCAACAAGAACUCUGCUUGCAUGCGGUGCUUGUGCACACGUGCCAGGCUCUCUUCUGCAUACUUUCCCCUCUACCACAUCAUGUUGCCUCAAUGGGAAGGGGGAGUGGAUAGAAUUCAAAAGCACCGCAUGCAUAAUGCAGAUCUGUUUCAUAUUUCUCAACGAAAUAGAUCACAAAGAAAACAACUUUUGGUAUUAUUUAAUUAUUUUUGGCACAAUGAGGACAUGAUAAAAUUUAUAUUUGGCACAAACUGUUGGCGUACACACAGGUGCAGAGAAUUUCAUAGAUUUUCAGCACUCAGGUUGCCAUGUAAUCAAGACAUACUUAGUUUCAUAAUAGAAAAAAGCCUUUCAUGUGCAUAACUUGAUUGGAACACUGAUAUCACAUUUGCAACCUAAUUAUGUAAAUGUAGAAAAACUUCCUGAGGAAAACAAUUUAGAACUCCAGAACAGUUUUAACAUAAAAGAAUUUGUCUUUUAAAUCGAAAUUACACUGUGGAGUGACCAGUUCCAUCUGCAGAUGCACAUGUGCACUUUCAACUGAAAUGGCAAACAGUCUUGGAAAAAGCUCAAAAACAGAUGUAAGGUUGGCACUGUCCUCAAACAUUGAGAAACGUAUUCCUGGAAUUCUUUCAACAACACAGUUGUCAAAAUUCUUUAAUGCCAGUGAGCUCAGCGAAAUGAAUGGUCAUCCUUGUCAGAAGUUGUUCCUUCCAAAAUGCGAUUUUCUUUUUAAAUGCAUCCACGUUCACAAUGAAAUCAAAAGUAUGUUGCUUCUUACCUUUCAGCGUCUUACUCAAGACAGUCUGCAGUUAACUCUGUUAAAAAAGAAAUGUCUGCAAGCCAUUCUGUGUUGUAACCACAACCAACAGCGGGAACGCCUUGGGCUGCGGAUUGGAGCCGCCAGGUGGGGAGGCUGCCGGCGGUGGAGCACGCACCACCGGGUAAACACAGGACGAGUCGGACGACAGACCAACGACAACCGACAACGGCCGACUAUGAGCGACACAACAAGGAAGAGAUAAACGGAGGCUUGUGGAAACCACAACACCAAACACCAAACGUAAAUCCACUCGGAACCAGAGCCAUGCAAAUGUCAACGUGCAAUGACCAGAACGCAGUACCGCCGAGAUAGAAAUGAAAUCCAGAGCGAGUACCAGACUGACUGGACUAGGGCAGAGCGGGUCCCUAUAUACGAAACUGGAGGGAGCGGCUAUUGGCUGCUGUCUGCACGUGGCUUAGCGGUGGCGCCCUCGC